ACUUGAAGUGUUAAUGGGAAAAGCUGUCAAAUUUUUGCGUUUUGUGCAAGAAAACAUUUUUCUAUUGCAAAAAUCAGGUGCAAACUUCCCAGCAGGGUCAAGAGAGUGCUGUAGCUAAUAAAGAGAGUGAGUGAUCGACAUGGCGGCAGAGAUAAAACCAGCCCCACGCUCGGGGAAUGACCAGAAGUUCAAUACGUCAAAGAAACCAGAGUUGCUGAGCAAACUCGAGGGCUGUGGGGAUGAUGUGAAUGCGGCCUGCUUGAUACCCGGUGAGGAUGGUGUGAUAAGUGUGUCGGAUGACAAAACAAUCCGGGUGUGGCUUAAACGGGGCUCAGGGCAGUACUGGCCGAGUAUUUGUCAGUACAUGCCAUCCGGAUGCACGUCCCUCGACUACAUCCCCGAAACGAGGCACCUUUUUGUGGGACAGGAGAAUGGCACGGUGUCGCAGUACCUGCUAGCAGAGGAUUGCAAUAGUCUCCAGCUGAUUCGGGACUUUUUGGCGCAUCAGGCGCGUGUUGUUGCGGUGAUUUUUGCCAAGCACAGCGGAUGGAUCCUCAGUGCAGGGCGAGAUAAGAUUUUUUCAUAUCACUGCACGGCUACGGCAAAUCGAAUUGGGGGCUACACAUUCGAGGCCAUGUGUACGGCACUGCAGUAUGAUUCCGGGGCAAAGUAUGCCUUCAUUGGGGACUAUGCUGGGCAGAUUACGAUGCUGCGCCUGGAUACAGGUGGUGCCAACUUGGUGACAACAUUCAAAGGACACACUGGCUCAAUUCGUGCCUUAAGCUGGGUUGCGGGGCCGCAGCUCCUGUUCAGCGGAUCCUUCGAUCAAUCCGUGAUUGUAUGGGAUGUGGGUGGACGCCGUGGCACCAUCUACGAACUCCAGGGGCACAGCAACAAAGUGUCAGCCCUAGCCUAUGCGAAUGGAGCGCAGCAGCUCAUUUCUGCCGGAGAGGACUCGGUCAUUGUGUUCUGGGAAAUGAAUGCGAUGCGCAAGGAGGUACCCGAAUGGGUGGAAUCGGACAUUUGCCAACUCUGCAGCCGACCAUUCUUCUGGAAUUUGAAAGCAAUGAUGGAUCAACGACAAAUUGGCAUAAGACAACAUCACUGUCGUCACUGUGGCAAAGCUAUUUGUGAUAAAUGCUCGACAAAUCGUAUUAAUAUACCGAUAAUGGGAUUUGAAUUUGACGUUCGAGUAUGCGAUCCAUGCUUUAAAGUUCUUCAACCAAUUGAGAGACCAUCAUUGGCAAUGUUUCACGAUGCCAAGCAUAGCAUUGUGGCAAUGGAUUUGGAUGAAAGACGCAAAAGACUGCUGAGUAUUGGACAGGAUCGCGUCAUUAAAAUUUGGGACCUUUCCUCAAUUUGGGCCUAAUUUUUUCACGCGUAUUUGUUUAUUAAAUUGUAUGUUGAGAACUUGUGCAUGAGAGGGAUAAUCGUGAAAAGGGAUUUUCCAAAGGAAAUUUAAAUCAUACACAACAAUGUCCUUAGUGUCGCAUCCGUAUGCUUAUAAUCAGCAUUUUCAUUACUUUUUUUUCUCCAUCCGCGAUGGUGUUCAACCAAAACUUGGGUAAGUGAAUGCUAUUUAUUUGACCAUUUUUUUGUUUGAUUUCUUAAUUUGUUUUUCCCCUGAGGCACGCUAAAAUAAUAAAUUCUUAAAUGUCCAUACCAGAGGAAAAAAAAAGGUUAAAUAAAAAAGAAAUUAAUUACAUUA